AUGUGGAUUCUACCACUGGUAGGGUAUCUCGGGGUAAUUGUGGGCUUUUCCUUCCUCACCCUCGCCAUCGCAUCGGGCCUCUACUACCUCUCCGAACUAGUCGAAGAACACACAGUCCUCGCCCGGAAACUCUUAACCCGCCUAAUCUACGGCAUUAUCACCAUCCAAAUCCUCCUAGUCCUCAUCGACCGCUUUCCCAUCUUCCUCUCAGCUCUCGGAAUAGCCUCACACCUAGUCUACGCCAGCAAUCUCCGACGCUUCCCAAUCGUGAAACUAUCCGACCCCCUCUUCAUCCUAUCAUGCAUCCUAGUACUGAUAAACCACUGGCUAUGGUUCCGCCAUUUCUCAAACCCGCCCGCACCCUCACGCGCCGCGGACUCCAAUUGGCGCCAACCGUAUAGCGUCAAUUACGAAGAUAUGCCAUCUUUCGCGGAAGUUGCGAGUUACUUUGGACUUUGCGUUUGGUUGGUUCCGUUUGCGCUUUUCGUUAGUCUUUCUGCUGGUGAGAAUGUUUUGCCGAGUAUGGGGUCGGAAUAUGUGACUGCUGCUGCCUCGGCGCAACAGUCCAGCGCAAGUGCCAUGGGUCACAGCCGUGGGUUCUCGGAUGGGAGGUCUAAGAAUAAGGGGAUGGCUAAGGCUUUGGUUGACAAUGCUUCGGAUUGGGUGAGGGAAACUGGGGAGCUUAUGGGUUUUUGGAGGGGUGAUCAGUCGAAACGGUUCUGA